UUGUCUAUAAAUGCGUAACACAACGCGUGUGGGUAAAGAAACAGUCUGGAUCUGUAACUUAUUCUUCAUCCAACUUUCAGAUAUAUAUUUUAUUACAUACCCGAUUCCGAUCUUUAAUUCUCUGAAAAAGAAAAAGAGAAGAAAUCUGGAAUGGUGUCGUCAGAUUCUCAAGUGCUUCCGGUUUCCACCACCACUCAGCCCCCAACCUUAACCGAAUCGCAACCUCCUCCAGCCGUUCGUGCAUUUGUGAACCGCGUCACCGAAACGGUCCGUGAUGGUGUGUCCCGUAGCCGACCAUGGUCAGAGCUCCUCAAUCGAUCCGCCUUCACCAAACCAGACUCUCUUUCCCACGCGGCGUUGCGACUCCGGAAGAAUUCCUCAUAUUUCAGAGUGAAUUACCUUUGCAUCGUCUCUCUCAUCAUCGCUUUCUCUCUUCUCGCCCAUCCCUUCUCUCUCGUGCUCCUCGCGUGCCUCGCCGCUUCUUGGCUCUUCCUCUACCUCUUCCGUCCAGCCGAUCGACCUCUCAUCCUCUUGGGCCGAUCUUUCUCCGACCUCGAAACUCUCGCUGCCUUAAUCCUCUCCACAAUCGUCGUCAUCUUCUUCACCAGCGUCGGAUCUGUACUCAUAUCCGCCCUCAUGGUCGGCGUAGCCACGGUCUGCGUCCAUGGUGCCUUCAGAGCUCCCGAUGAUCUCUUCCUUGACGAACAUGAUCCUGCCGCCGCCGGCUUCCUCUCAACAUUCAUCGGUGUUCCUACGUCUUCCUCUGCCUCCUCAGGGCCUUCCGCCGUAUAGCGAUCCGUCUCAGAAUCUAUUAGUAUUCUUCUUCUUCUUCGUGAAGAUUGUUUGUUGUUAGUAUCAUUUCUCUGUGAACCUUUACUGUUGCAAUGUAAUUUCUUCAUUCAGCA